AAAGAGGUUGUGUGCAUCAUCCAAUCAACCCUCUCUCUCUCCUCCUAGCUAGCUAGCUUGUUCAUCUUGUUCUUCCAAGUCUUCCUGCUAGGUCUCUCUUCGGGGAUAUGAGUGGGAACAACUUUGGGGACAGCAUGGGGUGGGGUAGAUCGCCCGGCUCCAGGAAGGGCAAGAGAGGCGGCGGCAGCAGCGGCGGCAGUGGCGCCGACAAGCCGAAGCAGCCGCAGCGGGGGCUCGGCGUGGCGCAGCUCGAGAAGAUUAGGUUACAGAGCGAAAUGGCUGAGUACUUCCAUCCUCUUGGUGGUCAGCCACCCAGCUUGAUCCACAGAACGGCCAGCCUCAAUUUGGAGGAUACGCGGGCGUCAACGUCCUCGCUCUCAUCGUCCCCAUCGUCCCCCUUCCAUGCUACCGCCGUCUCGUCGGCCUUCCCGGUCCAUCCGAAUUUCGGGUUAGCAUAUGCGGAGAGAGGAGACGCGCGAUACGGUGAAUUCCAGACUCCCAUCGUCAGAUCUCCAAGCAGCAACACUAUCUACGGGCCACCACAUUACGCGCAUCCUGGUGUCACAUUGCCACUGUUUGCACCAGAGGAAUCUACCCGUCUGAGAGGGCACCAUGACCGGAGCCGGUCGGCUGAUUCGACGAGUAUGAACUCCGACGAUCCAGAAGACGUGGAUCUCGAGCUCAAGCUAUGAUCCACAAAUGUUCUUCUCCUUCUUACGUUCAUCUCUCCUCUGAUCUUAUACGACAGUUCCUUUCUUUAGCCUUCAUGGGGUUUUCCUUCCUUGUGGUGCAAUAAGUUUCUGAAUUGGUGCCACUAGCUAGAACCAAGGAUUUGCCAGCUUGUGUAAUGCGCAAAAGAUAAAAAGAGAGGAAUAGCAAUUCACAUUAUUUUUUACGUCAAGACAUGAUGUUGUAUGGGUAUGGCCAUAUGGAUGCAAGUCGUUUUGAUUGUACUA